AUAAGUGACAAGUGAGAAUACAUAUAACAAAUUGUGAUUUGCACAAUUCAUUAUAUUCAUAAGUUUGUACAAUCAGAAUGUAAUCAAUCUAUAAUAAUUUUAUGACAAUUUAGUAAAAAAACAAUGAGUGAUAGACAAAUUUAACCUAUUAAUUGAAAACAGUGUAACACCUUGUAAGGUUGUUGUCAGUUGAUCAUGGGGGUUGCUUAAAGGGUUAGCAAGUAUUUAAGAAUAGUGAGCACAAUGAUAAAUUUGUUUGUAAUAAUGCGCAAUAAGUAUUAUUUUAUGGGAUGAGUUCUCCUCCUAUUUCGGUAUCUCUCUGCGUUAUUCGCGUCGAGAUUGUUGACGAGGAUUCUGAAGAAUCGAAUGGCGCAAUGGCUGCCAAGAUGAGGGGUCGCAGAGAACCAACCAAGAUAAACAUGGAAAAUUGCACAAAUCUUACAGAGAAGCAAGAUUCGUCACUUCCUUCUCAGGGAACUAGCAAAUCAACCUCUACUUCUAGAGCUAAUUCAGAGGAAAAUACCUAUGAUGACUUAGAUAUAGCCGGUGCAAGUGCUUGUGCCUGUGAUCAAAUCAAUUUUAUCUCUGGAAACCCAUUUGUUGAAGUGACCAAAGGAAUUAUACAUUUGUAUAAAGAAAACAAAUUAACAGAUAUACAUCAUGCAGCAGAACGUACCCAAACCAUCUGCAUUCUCUCAGUUCCAGCUACAAUGACCUGUCAUGAUCUUCUAAGGUUUACAGCACCUUGUCAUCAAGAUAUUCGACAUUUUAGAAUACUUAGAGAUGGCAGUCCCAAUCAAUAUAUGGCAUUGAUUACCUUUAAAUCAGCUAAUGCAGCAACAGAAUUUUAUGGCUCUUUUAAUGGCACUCCAUAUAAUUCUUUUGAACCAGAUGUUAUUUGUCAUAUGGUCUUUGUGUACAGUGUAGAAGUGACAUAUAAUGCUAUGCCUUUAUCUGGACAUACAGAGUUACCACUUUGUCCAGUUUGUUUAGAAAGAAUGGAUGAAAGUGUUGAUGGAAUUUUAACAAUUCUAUGUAAUCAUACAUUUCAUGCAAGUUGUCUAGCUAAAUGGGGAGAUACCUCUUGUCCAGUUUGUAGAUAUGCUCAAACACCAGAAUCAUUUGCAGAUAGUUAUUGUAUGGAAUGCAAUACGGGAGAAAGUAAUGACGCUCUAUGGAUCUGCCUAAUUUGUGGACACAUAGGUUGUUCACGUUAUCACCAGGGACAUGCCUUUCAACACUAUCGCGAAACGCAUCAUUGUUAUGCUAUGCAAUUAGGGAACAACAGAGUUUGGGAUUAUGUUGGAGAUAAUUUUGUUCAUCGAUUGUUGCAAAACAAAGAUGGAAAGAUGGUAGAAGGUGGUCCUACUGCAACUAAAGCUGAAGGUGCUGCAAUGGAAGAAAAAGUAGAUUCUGUACAACUGGAAUUCACGUAUCUUUUAACAUCGCAAUUAGAAACUCAAAGACAAUAUUUCGAGGACAGGCUGGCACGAUUAGAGCAGCAUUCUGUACUACAAACUACAGAACUGAGAGAAAAGCUGGGUCAAAUAUCAGAAGAAAAUGCCAAAGUUAAGGAACAAUUAACAAUAUUAAGUCGAGAGAAACAAAAUGUGGAUAAACGAUUGCAGCAAGUUAGUAAUAAAUUGGUACAAGUACAAGCAGAGUUAACUGAAGAAAAAGAACUAAGUAAAGCGCUAGAAUCAAAUCAAGCUACUUGGAAAGAUAAAUACAAAAUGUUGCAAAAUGAAAUGACCGAGUAUCAAAAGACGAAACAAACAGAAGUAACAAAUUUGAAAGAACAAGUACAAGAUUUAAUGUUUUAUCUCGACGCCCAAAAUAAAGUUGAAAAUUCGGAAUUACGAGAAGAAAUCGCAUCAGGUCGUAUAGUGAUUCCGGAAACCUCUAACUCUGCAAAGAAGAAUACUCGACCUUCCAAGACUCGAAAAAAACAUUGAUGUUA